UUUUGUAACGCGAUUCGGUUGCAGCUCACUCAGUUUGAUAAGAUAAUAAGAUAUACAUUAUUACUUUUUUUUGCAGUAUUUCAAAUCCUAAAAUUAUCCUAAAAUUUGGAAUUUAAGAAAAUCGGUCCUGUGCAUACGAGCGUACGAUAAUUGUACUGAGAACCCGAUAAUUUUACGGCAYUGUGUCGAUCAGACAAGCAAAAGUUUCUGGGAUCACUGGAGCAGCUGCUUUUUAUUUCGGCGCAAAAAUAGUUAGUGUGUCAACGUUGUGUAUUUUGCAGCUCGAUCAUGUCGGAAUCCGAUGAGAUUGCAAAUUUUAGUGAAAAUGAAAGGAUUGUUGAAGAAAAUAAACAAGAACCAGUGUGUUUUAUUUGUAGUUUAACGAGUGAUCCGAUUGACAAUAAAAUAAAAUGUUUAACAAGCGCAAUUUUAAAAAAUUGUAUAGAAGCGAYUAAGGUUAGGAAAAAGCAGCAAUCUAACACCUCCAGAAGAUCCAUGGAUGUUUCUUCAAUCGAAUUGCCCAAAGAUCUUGAGGAGAAAGGAUAUCAUCAAAAAUGUUAUAGACAACUAACAAACUUAUCUGGAAACGCAAAAUUGAAAAAGUUGUUGAUAUCGACGCCAACGAGGAUUCAGUCAAUAAUAAUAGAAGCGAAAAUAACGAAAAACAUAAAGAGCACGUAUCUUUUGAACAUGGUGCAAGUGCUUGUGUAUUUUGUACACAAGUUCGCAAAAGACAAAAAUUAUGAAACAUUUCAUGUAGUUAUAGAUAAAGCUACUCAAAAUUAUGAUUUACCGAUUUUACAAAGAAUUGAUCAGUGUCAAGACAUGUCUGUACCCAUACCAUAUCACAGAGUUUGCAAAACGGAAUAUUUGAACAAGUGCAGGCAAAAAAAAAGAAAUUACUGAUUGGCACUUAAGGAGAGAGAAACACGAGCGAGCUCGUGUGAAUUUGUUUAAAUUUAUUCAAGAGGAAAUUGUCGAUAAUAUGCACAUAUUUCAAUAUUCUUUUUUGCUUAAUUUAUUCAGACAUUUUUUAUUGGAAGAGUAUGAUAACGAAAAUUACCAAAAUGUUUUGACACGUCAAAUUUACAAAAAAAAAUUGUACAACAUUUCAAAGAGUCUGUUAAAAUUAUUAACAAUCGCGGACGCAAACACAUUGUUUCUACUAAAGCUAGUUUAGAAAAUAUUGACAUGACUUACGUUAAUGAAGAAAAUGUUAUCAAUUCUUCGGCGUUACUUUUACGCAAGAUUGUUUUAAGAGUAGAAAAAAAUGCAAUCAGUGACAAUGUAACUGCGCCACAACUUAUCAAAGGUGAAUGUGAAAUUCCAUAUGCUCUAUUACGGUUUUUUUGUCUUUUGUUAACUGGAGAUAAUGUAGAUAGAAUAAAAGAUCCGAAAAUGUUGGUGUUAGCCAAGUCUUUUGCUUUUGAUGUUAUAUAUGCAAUUCACAGAGGAAGAGUUAAGACAUCCAAACAUAUAAGUCUUGGAAUAACAUUAAAAAGUUUGAGUAGUAGUGAAAAGCUUGUACGGUUCUUACAUUCCUACGGACAUUGCAUUUCAUACUCAAAAGUAUUAGAAUUGGAGACGGAAGCAACCUAUGCAAUCUCGGAAACAAAUCAAGUAUGCCCUGCUGGUAUGGUAUUACAACCAUCUCUCAAUAGUGGUUUUGCUUUCGAUAAUUUUGAUUGAUACGUGGAAACAUGUGAUAGUAAAGAUACCAUGCACGAUACGGUUGGAAUUUCAUUUCAAGAUCGUGCUCCACAAGCUGAAACAUCUUCUCAGGAAAGUAACUGAAACGGAUGAGGAAUCAGGCGAAGAAGCUGAUGACAUUGUAGAAGGUGAUGAAGAAGAGAAUUCGGACAUCGAUGAGGACGAUGAUUCCGAUGACGACUCAGUUGCUGAUUCUGAUGACGAAUUAUAAUUUAA